UCCCGCGAAAUUUUAAUGUUCGACUGAUGCUGACGAAUUAUUGUUCGGAAAUGGUGAAAUGACGAUCUGAAGAUGGACACAGCUGAAGUAGAGUUCUUGGCGGAAAGGGAAACUGUUUCAGUUGUUCCUAAUUUCGCUCAAGAUAAAAUUUACCUCAUUGGUGGAGAUAUUGGUCCAUUUAGCCCAGGGUUACCCGCUGAGGUCCCAAUGUGGAUGGCUGUCAAUCUCAAACAGUCACAGAAAUGUAGACUGACGCCACCUACCUGGAUGGAUGUAGAACAAUUACAAGAGAAGAAACAGGAGGAGACAGACUCCAAAUUCUUCACGGCCAUGCCGUCCCCACACUACAUGGAAAUUACACAACUUUUACUCAAAUAUGCCACGGAUGAUAUUCCCCACGCUGAUGAAAUCAGAACACUUGUCAAAGACAUUUGGGACUUGCGGAUAGCCAAAUUACGGAGCAGUAUUGACACUUUUGUAAAAAGUGAGGCGACUCAUGCAAAGCUGAAUCACUUGACCCUGAUGGAGCUGAAUACUGUACGACCAUUCCUUACCCAGGCUCUUGACCAGAUGCACACCCUGCGGUCAAACAUGAGUGGACAAGGUCAGGCCUCUCAGGAGUAGGAGGACUGUUCCAGAAGUAGUAUGACAGUCAAUGAAGAUUCAGUGGCCAAGAAGAAAGGUCAAUAGGUCAGAUGACCUGUCCACUGUUCAGUGUUGACAUAAGUGUUAAGCAGCAGAGAGUUUACAGUGUUCAUCGCAAUGCUGUAUACCAUAAUGUUCUCAGGAAUAAUGAUGUACUUUAACCUGUGUGAGAAGGUGCUUUGAUCUUAUUACUACUUGAAAGAAAACUUUGACAGCAAAUCUAUUGUCAGUUUUGCAUGCUGUGAAAUAAUGUACUUCAGGGCUCCAUUGUUUAACAUGUUCAAAAUGGUUCAACCAUAGGAUGGACCAAGUGAUUUGAUGCUAGUAAUUAGAUGUUGCUAUUUGGUGAGCCUUGGCAAAGAUUGUCAAGGCCUGCUUUAACAUUUGCAGGUCUGUUGGGUUUAAUCCCUGAAAAAUUAAAUUGAAAAUGGUGAAUGGGUUCAUCUGCAUCAAUUAACAGGCCCCUGUUAACUCUUGAGUGCAGACUGCAUUGCUUAAGAUAGGUACUGCACAAAGGGAGAAGCUAGUUGUGAAAACAGUUCUCAUGUGUUAAAUAACUUAUUACCAGACACUUCUGGUUGUUUUGGCGUCUGACUUACAGUGUGAUCUUCUUAGAAAAAAUAGUACAUGUAAUAGUACAUGUAUCUGUAUAGUAUAAGAAUGUGGUAUUCUUGCUGUUAUUCCGGUUCAGCCUGUUAUCUAGCUUUUGAAUUGAUCUAUUUUGGUGUGGCCUACUUCUGAACUUGUAAAUGUACAAAUUUUAGUGAUGUUCAUAUUUUAGCACUUUUUGCACUUUAAAUAUUAUACUAAAAUUUUGAUUGCGCCAACUGAAGUUCCUGUAUAUUGUUUUCUAUUAUAUACUCUGUGUGUGCGCCAAUUCAUCAAUGCGCUUAUCUGUUAAAAUUUGAUAAUGUGCUUAAAUUUGAGUAUGCUAAUAUAAAUACGCUUACAGUAUAUUACAAGUGUAUUUCACAUGCUGUUAAAAGACACAUAACUUCAGACUUACAGUCAAGGCCUCAAGAUCAUUAAACAUUAUUUACCAGACCCGAGUCGAAACUUCAAUUCAUUAGUAUGUAAAAUGAAUGUUUAUUUCUGAAAUCAAUGUGUGAUAUAUACCAUGUACUACAAAAACACAAUGUAGGUACAUAGAUAUGUUCUGCAAAUAGAAUGUUGAUAUAGCACAGGAACAUGAGCUCCAAAGAGUUUUUUUAUAAAUUGUAUUAAAAUUGUUUCUCUAUGAUAAAUUCGCCCAAGUAGCUCUAUGUAGGUUUAAUAGAUUUGUGAAUUCCAUUCUUUUUGCCAUAUUGGACUCCACCUGCUGUAUUCCUGUAUGAUCAGUAAUUUAAUAACUUUACACUAGACCAAUAUGGCCCUAGUUAUAGUACCUGGAAUAAACUACUUGUAAUGUUCAACCAGUCACUAAACCUGAUCAGUCUAAUUUGCUAUGGGCAUUCCUUUUCAACCUAUUUUAUUGAAAAAAGUUUGUCAUACGUAUCAUACUCAAGUUGACCCUUUCACCCCUAUGCAACUUUAGUAGACCCUUCCUUGCAUUGAUCUGGAUGAGUCCAUUAUGGUCUAAAGUGGUGAAAGGGUUAAAUACUCUCCAGCUAAAAUGUGUUUGUUCCAUCAAAAUGUGCCGGUCACAAAUUUUGAGGAUAACAAUUGGAAUUGUUGGCGUUUUGUUGUUUCGGAAAAACAGUACAUGUUAAAAUGUUAAAGUGAAAUGUUGUUUAUGUGAUCGUUGAUAAUAACCUAUGUUGUUAGCAUCAUCAGUUCCAUCUUGUUAUAUGAUGUAUUGUCCAGUCACAUAAGAUUGGUUUGUUAAUGAGUUUGUGGCCAUAUUGGGAGAAAUAGAAGAAGUUUUACAGCAAUGUUCUGUAAUUUUGUACCUCAAUGUUAAUAAAAUCUUAACAGU